ACACUACGAAUACGAAAAGCAUCAUCAAGACAGAUACGCCGCCCAAAAAACGCAUUUUAAAACUACAACAUUCAGAAAAUUUCAGUUAAAUGAAGAAAGAGCUGUUUGUACAGGCGAUUAAGGCAGACAAACGGUAUGACGAAAACCGAAAAAAGGAAGGUUAGUAUUUCAGUAUUACUAAUUUUAUCAUAAUGACGAUUAUAGGUAACAAGAGUGUGCAACCAAAUAACUAGUUAUUGAUAUGCUUUAUACGACAUUUUAAAUGUGUUUACCAUUACAUAUACAAAUUGGUUUUUGUCAGACAAAAAUUAGAAAUAUACUAUUAAUUGAUCCUAUAGUCUUAGUUGUUCCACCCUUUUGGCAGGCCUUAAGCACCUUUUUGGCAGUUGGCUUAAGGUUUUUUCAACGCCAUUCGCAGAUUGCUAGUUAAUUGGUUGAUCUGGUUAAAGCGAUACCUUUGCCUUGCAAACGUGCCAGCAAGUUAAUUAAACUAGGUUUGCUAAUACCAUUUUAUAGUGCUAUGCCAUUUCAAUGCAACUCCUAUGACUUAAUCAACUUGAACAUUCGGUUUAGAGACAAUUAACUCUUUUUGUAUAGUAAGACAAUUUAGUCAAGCGGAUCCUUCUAGUUAUGCCUUCAACUGACUAAGCAACUGAACUAAACCUCAAAAGGAAAUCUUGUUGCUUGCAAAAAAAUACACAGCAGAACGUUCUGAGUAAAUACACGCAGUGCACCAUUAUUAUACAGUUAAUUCACCUAUUAUUUUAUGUGCGACAAAAUUGAGCUUUCUUUACUCAGAGUUAUUAUAGAAAACAGCUAGUCAGCUAUUUUUCGAAUAUUUAAAACAGUCUGAAAAGGCGAUGCUCUAGGUAAUUAAAUCAAAAUAAAGAGACAAGUCAGUUCAUUAACUUGCUCACUCUUUACAGCAUCAUGUAGUUAGACGGUCUGACGUGGCUAAAAGCUCACCCUUGCCACAUGGGGGAAGUUCGUCUGUUAACAAUGUUAGCUAAGACGAUAUCCGAUCGUGUAGUUCAAACCAGAAUCCAUUCAUUGCGUUCGAUUUCGAUUCGUUCGAAAAUCUGAAAUUACACUUUGACCGGAUCUUAGAAAACUACCGAAAUUACAACAGCCAUGAUCAGUAUUAAACUGACGGUGUUUACGGAUUUAUGAGUACUUUUUAUCGGAUGAAAGCCGCGUCCUCUUAUAUAAACCUCAUUGUUCACUGCUAUUGCUGCUGGCAACCUGAGUCACGUUAAAAGUCGCGAUGGUUACUCGCCUUCCGGUGAAGUCUUUAUAAGUAAGUUGCAUAACGGCUUCCGCGACAGCUACCCCUGCUAACACCACGAUUCAGAUAUCGCACCGCGUCGACACUGUUGGUCAAUGAUGAAAAAGCUGUACGGGACUGUUACGUGAGCCAUGAAAGAAGCGGUCUAAAUGUUCACCUUAUCCUAGGUAUACUGGAGCGGCAACGUUUGGUAAAACUUAUUAACUAACGUAUUAUCAAUAAGAUAUCCACCAGUAGUGUUUUACAUCGUAGGUGGUUUGUACUUAGACGACGCCAAAGUUAUCGUCAGAUGUUGAAUAUCAAGUGUGUCUGUUAAACUCUCUUAUUAUUAAAAUUAUUGCUGCAGAUAAAUGUUAUACAUGUCUAUAAGAGCUUUUGAGUUUCAAAAUGAAUAAUUAUUUGCUUAUUUAUCAUUGCUCUCGAUCAAGUGGUACGUAAUGUGCGUCAGAGUGAAGCUGAGAUGUCAGGAAAAUUGUAACUCAAAUGUAAAUGUAUACCUGUUUUAUUAUAUGCUUAUUUCCUUGCGUAGAAUACCUAUUAUAUAUAUCUAAUAUACAUAAUAAUAUGUAUUUCAUAGUACUACGCUUAGAACGCCACAAUGGCAUCUAAAGACAGCUUAAUGAUUGUUUUAUCUGGAAAUAUUUUUCAUGCAUUACGUCUGAUAAUCAAAAUGCUAACCGGUCACGACUUUAGACAGCUGACGCCUGCCAACAUGUAAUUAAGUAUGUCAGUCGGAUUUAAAUUUAGAUCAGCAAGCCAACGUGUAACCCACCAUGCUAUCAUGUAGAGAUUACUGUGAUUCAGUACGCACGAUAGGGGAAUGCUGCUGGCCGUCGCUGUUACUUACAUUUUCUGUUGUUUAAACGCUACAGUUUAGCAAUAAUGGAACCAAAUUUCAGCUUUGCAGUUCUACCUACGAAAUACAGUGAAUUGGUUUGCGCUAAUCAAAUGGCUUAACAAGUUCAUUUAAUUUGUUAGCAUGGGUAAGAAAAGGAAACCAACAGCUUUUAGCGAACUGGCGAUGGGCACUUCGAGAACGGUCCUGUAUCGACGAACGCAGGAAUCUACGGAACAAGGAACAACGAACGAAAUGGCGCAGAAGACAGCAUCACGACAGCCAACAGAGCUUGACUCCUCAAACGUCCAGUUUGAACGGGCAUGCGCUAUAAUACAAGAACAGACUCGCCUUCAACUGGAAAAGAUGAAAGACCUCUAUGAGAUUCAUGAAGCCGAACCGGACGAAGAUAUCGAACGUAAUGCAAUUCUUGACAGAAUUACUCAAGGAUACGCUGGAGAAAAAGAAAACAGUCGGGAUAUUAUGUCGGCGCUGCUUGCAGGGAGCAUUACGUGUGUCAUUUGCAUUGAGAACGUUCGACAUCAGGAAGCAACGUGGAGUUGUACCAGUUGUUAUCAGAUCUUGCAUCUUGACUGCGUAAAUAAAUGGGCCAAAGAUUCUUUGUAUCCACAAGCAAAGCCUGGAGAAAAUGUCUCCACCAGAGAGGCAUGGUCCUGUCCUAAUUGCAGAGCGGACUAUCACACUGUGUCUAACCAUUAUGAAUGCUUCUGUGGAAAAGAACGUGAUCCGAAAUUCGAUAAAUGGAUUUGUCCCCACUCAUGUGGCUCUAUAUGUGGGCGCGAUCUGCGACCAAAAUGCGGUCAUCACUGCACCCUUCUUUGUCACCCGGGUGCAUGUCCUGCUUGCCCUAAAACAAUACAGGCAUCCUGUUUUUGUAAGAAAACAUCAACUAUACGACGGUGUUCGCAAAAGCAAUGGUCGUGCCUUGCGUCCUGUGGCCAACUUUUAGCGUGUGGAUUACAUCAAUGCCCUCAAAAGUGUCAUGCCGGCCCGUGUCCACCGUGUAGCGUCGAGAGCAUCCGGAAAUGUAAUUGUGGAAGUAAAACGAUGAAAGUUCGCUGCCAAGAAGGGGUAUGGAAAUGUCAGAAAAUCUGCCGGCGCCAGCUCAACUGUGGUAACCAUGAAUGUCAAGAGAUGUGUCACAAAGAGGGCGACUGCGGUGUCUGCCCUCAAUCGAGACCUCGUUCAUGUCCUUGUGGGCGGACGAAACACAUCGACCUUAGCUGUACACAACUGAAGGUUCCUACCUGUCUCAACACAUGCGAAAAGAUGCUUAGCUGUGGUAUGCACCGUUGCUGGGAACGAUGUCACGAAAAUGAUUGCCCCACAUGUUCUGAACUUGUAACGAAGUCGUGCCGUUGUGGCGCCAAAAAUCGUCAGCUGCAGUGUGGGAAAGAUUUUACAUGCGACUCAAAGUGCGGUCGUCAAAAACCAUGCGGCCAUAUCUGCAAUCGGAAAUGCUGUCCGCCUAGUGAAGAGUGUCCACCAUGUACAGUUCUCUGCAACCGUAAGCUUCAGUGUGGAAAUCACAAAUGUCAGUCUGUUUGUCAUCGAGGCCCAUGUUAUCCGUGCCGUGAACAGAAACACAAGACCUGUCCGUGUGGCAAAACUACUGGGACGUUUCCGUGUGGAACAAAUAUGAAGGAUGCCCGAGUAGUAUGCCGCGAGCUUUGUGAGCAUCCUCCAGACUGUCACCAUCCAAAACGCUCGAAGCAUUAUUGCCAUAGCGGACGUUGUCCUUCCUGUGCUAUCGUCUGCGAUAAAACGCUUGCGUGCGGCCAUAACUGCCCAGAGAAGUGUCAUAGCGCAGUAUUGACGAAAGUCGUAUCUAAGGAGAAGCCUAGAGGUCCAUGGGAGCCUCAGCCACUACCUUACUGGGACCUUGUUAAUAAGCCAUGCGCUCCAUGUAACGUUCUCGUUGCAGUUGACUGUCUUGGAGGGCAUGGAGUUGCGGAGUUACCCUGUCAUGCGGCAAAACUUCAAUCAUGUGGGAGAUUGUGCGGUCGACUUCUGCCGUGCGGAAACCACACGUGUACCCUUCAGUGUCACGAAGUCAUCGACCCCCGAGAGCCGCAUCUUGCUGGCUUUAAUUGCGCUCUAGACUGCGGCCAGAGAUGCCCAACAAAAGGACGUCCAAAAGAUUGUAUACAUUUGUGUGGCAAGCACUGUCACUCAGGUGACUGUGCCCCAUGCAAUCAGUAUGUACAGUUUCGAUGUUACUGUGGAAAUUCGACAACGGUAAAGCCCUGUAAAGAAUGGUGUGCCCUGCCAGAUGAUGUGCGAGAGGCGUCGAAGUCGUGUGGGCAGCGUUGCGGCCGCAAUCUCGACUGUGGACAUCGCUGCUUUCUAAAGUGUCAUCCGGACCGAUGUCCUGAGGCGCAGAACUGCAAGAAAAAAGUGACAGUUUACUGCACCUGUAAACGAAUCAAACAAGAGGUGGAUUGUGCGGGCGGCGAAGGUAAAACGACUAAGCUCAAAUGCGACGGGGAGUGCAAGCGCAUCGUAAGUGAGAAGCGUCUUGUCGACGAGGAGCGUAUUGCCAAACAGGAAGCUGAACGAAAUGCGUGCAAGUUAGAACGAGUUCUUGGGGACCGGAAGAAAAAACGAAAACGCAGGGUUAAUGAUGAUGAGGAGGAGAAAAUUCCAAGGGACAUCAACAUCGCACUUCCACUUGCGUUAAGUACGCUGUCUAUCGUUGUGCUUGCUGUUAUACUCAAGAACUGGUUAGCUGUUUAGACUAUAAAGAACAGACGAAUCACGUAAUCACGUAUGUGUAUCACUGUGUAAAAUAUAUGAGUGCCCCGAUGUAAUAAUCUGGGUUGUCUACAAGAUGUUUUUUUAUAAUUUUACUAACUGUAAUUAUGA